AUAUAUUUUCCUACUCUAGGAAAUUAUACAGGUUAAAAGAAAAUUUUAACUAGGGUUUUUAUUUAAACUUUUAAUAAAAAAUGAGUAAAGGUCCAGGUUUAUACCAGGAUAUUGGCAAGAAGGCCAGAGAUCUUCUCUACAGAGAUUAUGUUCAUCAAUCGAGAACCCAUUUUCAGUAUCGAGACAUCAAGUGGAAUUUUGACGUCUCCUGCGAAACGCCAGAGAUUUUGCCAGGAGUCACAACACUUUUCAGAUUUAUACUCCCUGAAGCGGGCAAGGUGGAACUGAGAUUCUUGAAUGAAUAUUUUGGGAUUGCAGCGGGCGUCGGAGUGAAGGCAUAUGAUGAAGGACCCUUUUUAGGAAAUGGAUAUACCCCAGUUGUAAACUUAUCAGGAGUAGCAGGAAACACCCUUUUCUCCCUUGGAACUGACGUUUCCUUCAAUGUCUCAGAAAGGACAUUUGAUGAAUUCAGUGCUGGUUUGAGCUUCAACAUGCCCUUCUUUAUUUCUGCCUUGAACUUGGAUGACAAACUUGAUGCUGUUAAAGCUUCCUGUCAUUACACAUUCAAUCCCCUGACGAGGACUGCCAUUGCAGCUGAGUUGAAGCAUAAUUUUUCGUCAAGUGGAGCAACCACAAUUACAGUCGGUGCACAGCAUUCCUUGUUUCCCUUUACAUUGAUGAAAGCUCGUGUUAAUAGUGAUGCCAAGAUAGGCGGGCUUAUUCGGCUGGAAAUGUGGGAAAAACUUCAUUUAGCUCUGAUCGGAGAGGUGGAUUUCAGAGCUCCAGACAAGAUUUCUAAGAUUGGAAUGUCUAUGGCGUUCAAUCUCUAAAGCAGUUUCACCUCAUAAUACAUACUACCAUUUUGAGAUUAUGGAAGCCUCUAUUCCAUCAAAAUUUAUUUAUGGGUCUGUAUUACUUUUCUAAUACAACAAAUGUGAGUGAAAUAUGUAUACAACAUACAGAAAGCAAACAUGAAGAAGGGCAACUUUGCCAGUUAUUUUUAUGUAUUGUAAAGGACUUAUCAACUUAAAAAGAAAUAAGAUUGUAUGUCUUAAAUUAUUGAAAUCUACGAAUUGUUUUAA